AUGUAUCGGCGCGAGGAUAUCAACGUCAGCAAGCUCUUGACGAGGCUGCCAAAGGCAGUGAGGACCAAGGUCCUCGCCAAGGAGUUUGUUGACGAGUGCUGGGCAAUCUUCAAGAAGUACGAUGUUUUUCAGCACGAGAAGUUGGAGGGCGUGAACCUGUGGAAAGCACUCCUCGAGGCUCUCCCGGAGUCGUUUUCGCAGGCCAUCCUCAAGAACCAGCACGGCUGGGCUUUGCAGCAAGAUUCCGUGUAUGGGUUCACUGGGUGCGGUCGCGAAGGGGAGCCAGCAAUCUCCCUCAUCAAGUUCCCCGAGUAUGUGAAGUUCACUCUGGCGCUCAUCCUCCACAAAUAUAGUGUCAACGGAAAAGUCCUCGACUGCAAAAUGGCGCUGAAGUCUCAGGAGCUGGAUCACAGCAAGCGAAAGACAAAGAUCGUCGCAAGCCUGGGGCCAGCGUCUUGGAGCGAGGAGAUGAUCCCCAAGAUGAUCGAAGCCGGAACAGACAUUUUCCGCUUGAAUUGCUCGCACCGCCGUGGUGGGGACUUCGAGCGAGUCUAUCCGCUGAUUCGGAAAUAUGCGAGGAUGCUUGGCCGACGCGUGGAGGUGCUGGGAGACCUGCAGGGACCCAAAUUCCGCGUGGGCGAGCUUGCCGGUGAGCCUGUUCCUCUCGUGGAUGGGGAGAUUGUAGAGUUCGGCAUCUGCAAGGACGACACCGACCUCAUCAAGCCUGGACGCAUCACGAUGAAGCCGACCAAAGAACAGCUGGCGCUGGUGAAAGCAUGCAAGGUUGGAAUUGAUCUUCUCAUUGAGGAUGGCAUCAUGAAGGUCAACGUUGUGGAGAAGAUUUCAGACACCGAGCUGAAGGUGAAGGUCGUCCGCGGUGGAAAGCUGAAGGCCCGCAAAGGCGUGAAUGUGCCUGACUGCGAGAUCGACUGCGCCGCCCUCACCGAGAAGGACAUUGAAGAUGCUGAAUAUUUGCUGCAGCUGGAACCUCCAGUCGAGUACAUUUGCGUGUCCUUUGCCCAGAAGGGCCAGGAUUUGCAAGAACUUAUUGACAUCAUGGACCGGUUGAAGGUUCCAGCCGAGAAGCGACCGAAAAUUUGCCCGAAGAUUGAGAAGCCACAGGCCCUGACCAACAUCGAGGGGAUCAUUGAGAAGUCUCAGGCACUGAUGGUGGCCAGGGGUGACUUGGGCGUGGAGCUCGAGCUGGAGCGAGUCCCCUUCGCCCAGAAGUUGCUCAUCGCCCGUGCCAAGAAGGCUGGUCUCUUUGUCAUCAAUGCUACUCAGAUGGUGGAAAGCAUGAUCGAGAACCCCGUGCCGACUCGAGCAGAAGUGAGCGACUUGCAGAACGCCGUGUUCGACGGCUGCGACGCCGUGAUGCUUUCCGGCGAGGCCGCUAGCGGCAAGUACCCCUGCGAGUCUGUGAAGGCAGAGGCCGACGCGGUCCUCGAGGCGGAGACGGUCCGAGACUUCCUGAAGCCGCAGGUCCCGGAUGGCGCCAUCGUGGACGAAGCCAACAAGCCCAGAGAGCUGGAUGACAGCAAGCGGGCGACCAAAGUCGUUGCUUCUCUAGGGCCGGCUUCCUGGAGCGAGGAGAUGAUUCCCAAGAUGAUCGAGGCCGGAACGAACAUCUUCCGCUUGAAUUGCUCGCACCGCCGCGGUGGUGACUUCGAGCGCGUCUACCCGCUGAUCCGCAAGUACGCCAAGGAGAUGGGAAAAACCGUCGAGUGCCUCGGUGACCUCCAGGGGCCCAAGUUCCGCGUUGGCGAAUUAGCAGGUGAGCCUGUGGAGCUGAAGAACGGUGACAUUCUGGAGUUUGGCAUCAGUAAGGACGACAACGACAACAUCCGACCCGGCCGGAUCACCAUGAAGCCGACGACGGAGCAGACGGCCCUGGUGCAGGCCUGCAAACCAGGUACCCCACUGCUGUUGGAAGAUGGAAUCAUGGAAGUGAAGGUCGUAGAGAAGUGCUCCGAGAGCGAGCUCAAGGUCGAAGUCACUCGAGGUGGCAAGCUGAAGGCACGCAAGGGAGUGAAUGUGCCGGACGUCGAGAUCAACUGUGCCGCGCUGACAGCGAAGGACAUCGAGGAUGCAGAGUUCCUGUUGCAGUUGGAUCCCCCUAUCGAGUACAUUUGCGUUUCGUUUGCUCAGAAAGGUCAAGACCUGCAAGAGCUCAUCGACAUCAUGGACCGUCUCAAAGUUCCUGCAGAAAAGAGACCCAAAAUUUGCCCGAAGAUCGAGAAGCCACAGGCCUUCACCAACAUUGAGGGCAUCAUCGCGAAGUCUCAAGCCCUGAUGGUCGCCCGCGGCGACCUGGGCGUAGAACUGGGGCUGUGCCGCGUGCCUUUCGCACAGAAGCUGUUGAUCCAGCGCGCCAAGCAAGCGGGCCUGUUCGUGAUCACCGCCACACAGAUGGUCGAGAGCAUGAUCGAGAACCCGGUGCCGACUCGAGCGGAGGUGUCCGAUCUCAUGAAUGCUGUUUGGGAUGGCACGGAUGCCGUGAUGCUGUCCGGAGAGGCUGCCAGUGGCAAAUAUCCCUGCGAGGCCGUCAUAGCCGAAGCAUCCGCGACUCGCGAGGCUGAGACCGUGAAGCACCGCUUGCAGCAAGCCUGCCCCUUCGUGGCCAUCAACAGCAAGAUGCCGUUGCGACCACCCAAGAUGGUCAACUGCGGCAUGGGUCUCAAGAGGCAGGAGACAGACCACAGCAAGAGGAAGACCAAGGUCGUGGCAUCUUUGGGCCCCGCCUCCUGGAGUGAGGAGAUGAUCCCAAAGAUGAUCCAGGCCGGCACCGACAUCUUCCGGCUGAACUGCUCCCACAGACGCGGCGGCGACUUCGAGCGUGUCUAUCCGCUGAUCCGCAAAGCAGCAGCGGAUUUGGGAAAGAAGGUGGAAUGCCUGGGAGAUCUCCAGGGCCCAAAGUUCCGCGUCGGAGAGCUCGCCGAUGAGCCCAUCCCGCUGAAGGAUGGCGAGGUCCUGGAGUUUGGAAUCUGCAAGGACGACAGCGACAUGAUCCGCCCUGGACGGAUCACCAUGAAGCCAACAAUCGAGCAAAAUGCUUUGGUUCGGGCCUGCAAGCCAGGCACCCCUUUGCUCCUCGAAGAUGGCAUCAUGGAAGUGAAGGUGAUCGAGAAGUGCUCUGACACGGAGCUCAAGGUGCAGGUGGUUCGUGGCGGGAAGCUGAAGGCCCGCAAGGGCGUCAACGUGCCAGAGGUGCAGAUCGACUGCGCUGCCCUGACGGAGAAAGACAUCGAGGAUGCAGAGUUCCUCCUGAAGCUCGACCCCCCAAUCGAGUACAUCUGCGUGUCUUUCGUGCAGAAGGAUCAGGACUUGCAGGAGCUUAUCGACAUCAUGGACCGUCUGCAGAUCCCGCAGGAAAAGCGGCCGAAGAUUUGCCCAAAGAUUGAGAAGCCACAGGCUCUCACCAACAUCGAUGGCAUCAUCGCCAAGUCCCAGGCCCUGAUGGUGGCCCGUGGCGAUCUGGGCGUGGAGCUGGAGCUGGAAAGGGUGCCCUUUGCGCAGAAGCUCUUGAUCAGGAGAGCCAAGGACGCCGGCCUUUUCGUGAUCAAUGCUACUCAGAUGGUGGAGAGCAUGAUCGAGCAGCCUGUGCCCACGCGGGCCGAGGUCAGUGAUGUGCAGAACGCCGUGUGGGAUGGCGCGGAUGCUGUGAUGCUCAGCGGUGAGGCGGCCAGUGGCAAGUACCCCUGUGAGGCCGUCCGUGCAGAAGCAGAUGCUGCCCUUGAAGCUGAGAGCGUGAAGCACCUCUUGGUCCCACAGGUCUAUGAUGACUACGUUGUGGAGGAAGCGAACAAGCCGCGCGAGCUGGAUGACAGCCGAAGGAGGACCAAGAUCGUGGCUAGCCUGGGCCCGGCAUCCUGGAGCGAUGACAUGCUGGCGAAGAUGAUCCAGGCUGGCACAGACAUCUUCAGACUCAACUGCUCGCACCGCCGCGGCGGCGAUUUCGAGCGAGUCUACCCCGCCAUCCGCCGUCACUCAAAGGAGUUGGGCGUCAACGUCGAGUGCCUGGGAGACCUUCAGGGACCCAAGUUCCGGGUGGGUGAGUUGGCCGGCGAGCCUGUCCAGCUGCAGAACGGAGACAUCCUGGAGUUUGGCAUCUGCAAGGACGACAACGACCUCAUCAAGCCGGGCCGCAUCACCAUGAAACCGACAACUGAGCAGAAUGCCCUGGUCGAAGCGUGCAAGGUCGGCACAGUUCUGCUCAUUGAAGAUGGGCUCAUGGAGGUGAAGGUGACAGAGAAGAUCUCCUCCACGGAGCUCAAGGUGGAAGUCACUCGCGGCGGGAAGCUGAAGGCGCGCAAGGGCGUCAACGUGCCGGACUUGGAGAUCGACUGCGCCGCCCUGACGGCCAAGGACAUCGAGGAUGCGGAGUACCUGCUGCAGCUGGAUCCUCCUAUUGAGUACAUCUGCGUGUCCUUCGUGCAGAAGGGCCAAGACCUCCAGGAGCUCAUUGACAUCAUGGACCGACUGAAGAUCCCGGCGGAGCGUCGUCCGAAGAUCUGCCCCAAGAUUGAGAAGCCCCAGGCCCUGACCAACAUUGAGGGCAUCAUCGCCAAGUCCCAGGCCCUGAUGGUGGCCCGAGGCGAUCUGGGCGUGGAGCUGGGCCUCAACCGCGUGCCCUUUGCGCAGAAGCUGCUCAUUGCCCGGGCCAAACAGGCCGGACUCUUCGUGAUCAACGCCACCCAGGUCGUGGAGAGCAUGAUCAAGAAUCCCGUGCCGACCCGCGCCGAGGUCAGCGAUGUGUGCAAUGCUGUGUGGGACGGAGCCGAUGCAGUGAUGCUGUCCGGAGAAGCAGCCAGCGGCGACUUCCCAUGCGAAGCUGUCAUGGCUGAAGCUUCUGCAGCUCGUGAAGCUGAGUCCGUCAAGCACCGGCUGAGGCGUGCAUGCCCGCCUGUGGAAUCGGGUGCCAUGGCUCCUCCGAUGCUGCACGUAAGCAUGGGCAACAAGAAGCAGGAGACCGAUGACUCCCUGCGAAAGACCAAAGUGGUUGCAAGCCUGGGCCCUGCUUCCUGGAGCGAGGAGAUGAUCCCCAAGAUGAUCGAGGCCGGCACCAACAUCUUCCGCUUGAACUGCUCCCACCGCCGUGGCGGCGACUUCGAGCGCGUCUACCCGCUGAUCCGUAAAGCUGCACAGGAGCUCGGCAAGAAGGUUGAGUGCCUCGGCGAUCUCCAGGGUCCGAAAUUCCGUGUCGGAGAAUUGGCUGGAGACCCAAUCGAGCUUGUCAACGGCGAGGUGUUGGAGUUCGGUAUCAGCAAGGAUGACAAUGACAACAUCCGGCCCGGACGUAUUACCAUGAAGCCUACCACAGAGCAGAAUGCCUUGAUUGCCGCCUCCAAGGUGGGAAUCGAUCUGCUGUUGGAAGAUGGCAUCAUGAAGGUAAAUGUCGUGGAGAAGCUCAGCGACACGGAGCUGAAAGUGAAGGUCAUCCGUGGUGGAAAACUCAAAGCCCGCAAGGGUGUCAACGUUCCAGACGUUGAGAUUGACUGCGCAGCUCUGACCACCAAAGACGUCGAGGAUGCCGAGUUCCUGUUGCAGCUGGACCCUCCCAUCGAGUACAUUUGCGUGUCUUUCGUACAGAAGGGACAGGACCUCCAGGAGCUCAUCGACAUCAUGGACCGGCUCAAGAUUCCACAGGAAAAGCGACCCAAGAUCUGCCCGAAGAUCGAGAAGCCUCAGGCUCUCACCAACAUCGAUGGCAUCAUCGCCAAGUCUCAGGCCCUGAUGGUGGCGCGAGGCGAUCUGGGCGUGGAGCUCGAGCUCGAAAGAGUGCCCUUCGCGCAGAAAUUGCUCAUCCGCAAAGCCAAGGACGCCGGGCUUUUUGUCAUCAACGCCACGCAGAUGGUUGAGAGCAUGAUCGAGAGCCCGGUCCCGACUCGGGCAGAAGUUAGCGAUCUGCAGAACGCCAUCUGGGACGGUGCCGAUGCGGUGAUGCUGAGCGGAGAGGCGGCCAGCGGCAAGUUUCCUUGCGAAUCGGUCGCAGCAGAGGCAGCUGCAGCGCUCGAAGCUGAGAGCGUUAAAGAUCUGUUGAUGCCACGCCUGGGCAUCGACUACUUCUGCGAUGAGGGCAACAAGCCCAGGGAGAUGGACGACUCCAAGCGCCGGACGAAGGUUGUGGCCAGCCUGGGCCCAGCAUCUUGGAGUGAGGAGAUGAUCCCCAAGAUGAUCGAGGCCGGCACUGACAUCUUCCGCUUGAACUGCUCUCACCGCCGCGGCGGCGACUUCGAGCGGGUCUACCCGCUGAUCCGCAAGGCUGCAAAGGAGCUUGGCAAGAAGGUGGAGUGCUUGGGUGACCUGCAAGGGCCCAAAUUCCGCGUCGGGGAGCUUGCCGCGGAUCCCAUCCCCCUGGUGAACGGCGAGAUCUUGGAGUUCGGAAUCAGCGUCGAUGACAACGACAACAUCAAGCCGGGACGCAUCACUAUGAAGCCGACGACAGAGCAGAACGCCCUGGUCAAGGGCUGCCAGGUUGGCACUACCUUGCUGAUUGAGGACGGCAUCAUGGAGGUGGUGGUCACUGAGAAGAUUAGCGACACAGAGCUCAAGGUAAAAGUGGUCCGGGGAGGCAAACUCAAAGCCAGGAAGGGCGUGAACGUGCCGGACAUCGAGAUCGAUUGUGCAGCCCUCACUGUCAAAGACAUCGAGGAUGCCGAGUUCUUGCUGCAGUUGGAUCCUCCUAUCGAGUACAUCUGCGUCUCCUUCGCUCAGAAGGCCCAGGACUUGCAGGAGCUCAUCGACAUCAUGAACAGGCUGCAAAUCCCUGCUGAGAAGAGGCCGAAGAUUUGCCCGAAGAUUGAGAAGCCACAGGCCCUGACCAACAUCGAAGGAAUCAUCGAGAAGUCACAGGCCUUGAUGGUUGCCCGCGGGGAUCUUGGUGUUGAGCUUGGACUCAACCGCGUGCCCUUCGCGCAGAAGCUUCUCAUUCGAAAGGCUCGGUCGCAUUCGCAUUCGUGGGCCUGUGUAGCAUCUGCCAAAGCUCUUGGUCGGAACAAAUGUCACAGGAAGAGUCUUACAGCUUGA